AUGAGUGGUGAAGCAACAUCUCUGGUGGAUCUUCCAUCCCCAAUCUUGUUGGACAUUUUCUCAAGAUUACCCCCCACCACUCUCUUAUAUGUCAAAAGCGUCUGCAAAACUUUUCAAGAAUUAACCUUAGAGUCCGAAUUUUCAAAUUUAUUACACUCAACAUCUCACGCCGGCAUCAUCAUCAACCAAUUCGUGGAUACCACUGAAGAUAACACCUUAAAGUUCUUGAAAUUUGAAGAUCAGGGUACUUGUUCAUAUUGCCACGAUCCAAAUGUUGACCUUGAUCUUCAACUUUACUUUCCUGUUUCUCCGUUUGAGCUGGUCAGAUCAGUUCAUGGUUUCGUUUGUUUUAAUUACUUCCUUGAUUAUGUUGAUACUAUUUACAUCCUCAAUCCGAGAACCAGAGAGUAUAUUCUCCUUCCAGAGGCCGAAGGGUCUAGAGAAUGGUCCAACGAUGUCACUUAUGGCUUCGGUUUCAAUCCUGUUACAUUCGAAUACAAAGUGGUUAGAAUUUACCAAGAGGAAAUUUUUGAUGAUGAUACUAGUUAUUACAAGUCUGAAGGUCAAGUCUACACAAUUGGCAAAGGGUAUUGGAGAAGUGCAGGACAUGUCAUGUUCUCUUUCAUGCCAUAUGGGGUGAACCUCUAUGCAAAGAUUCAUUGGUUGGUUUAUGAUGCUAAUGGAAAUGAGUUAAUAUGUUCGUUUAAUUUGGAGAGUGAGUUGUUUGAAUCAUUCCCCACUGCUCCAGGGUACACUGAGGAAAGGUACCAAAAUUUGCAAAGUUUGGGAGUUUUUGGACGUAGUCUCUGCGUGUGUGAUAAUUAUGCGGAUACUCAUUUUGAGGUAUGGGUUAUGAAAGAUUACGGAUUUUCUAGUUCAUGGGUUAAAGAGAUUGUCAUAAACAUUUCUCCAGAAUGCAAUAAUUGGUUGGGCAAUGAAAUGAUUUAUUUGUUGAAAGUUUUGGAAGAUGGAGAGGUGUUGUUCUUGUGGCGCGACUGGCGUGAUGAUUUCUUGUUCUUGCACCAUCCUGUGAAGAAUAUUUCGGAAAAGCUUGAUGUAUGUGGAGGGAACAUCUUAGCAUGUAUCCAUGUAUCAAGCUCCUUCUCUCUCAAGAGCUUUGAAGCAGAGGUUGUAAAUAUCUUUUAGAAUGUCAAAUGCAUGUAUUGUACUAAAGUAUAUUCUUACCAUUCUGUUUUAUUUCUUAAUUUUGGUGACUGCCUCUGGAUUAAAGAAUCUU